CAACAACGCAUCGACGGUCAUUCCCAUACGCCGGGAUUCCUUCAAGGAAAUUUAUAAAGCUCCGCGAAGCCAGCGGGCACGGGGCACAGUGCCCACCACACCGUGGGUAGCUUACCAAAACCCCUCGGCCAAGGGCUGGCAGUCUGAUAAACCCCUUUGGUUCGGAGGAGGUGUUGAGGAAGGUGGUGGGUGAGAUGACAGCCUCUGGGCGCUCAGUACCUUCAGCCAGGUGACCACAUGUAAAUGUAUAUUAGUGUGGAAACAUGUCUCAGUGAGCGAAACUUUGUAAAGUGCCACAAUAUGGGUGAUAAAAGAGACAACAGCUGGCGAGGAACGCUGCCGGUGUUGAGUGUUUAAGGUGAUGCUGGUGGCUCAGCAGAGAGCCUCCGUGCCAGCCCUGGCUGCAGCAGAGAUGCUGCUGGCUGACGGCACCCCGCUGGUGGAGACCUGCGUCCUUCUGCCGGCGGAGUUCGCCCUGAAGGUGGAGACGCCGCAGCAGCAGGCCAGGGUGGCCUCCUUGCUGCACCUGCUGCCGCACCUCGCCCCUAGAGUGCCGCCCCUUCACCUAUCUGGCGGAUUCAACCACUUCGCCUCUCCUUUUCCUCCUCUCACUUCCUUACCGCCGGCGCUAAACCAUCUGGGGGCGCCGCCCCUGGGUCGCCCGCCGCUGCCACCUGCAGAAGACUGCAUCCAGGUGUGUGCCACCCGCCGCUUGCCUGCCCAUACCCGCUACCUGCCCUUCAGCGGCACCGUCAGGACGGAUAACCUGCCGCUGGUGCCCUGCCUCCCACCCAUGGACCCGAGACAGAGGUACGGUAGCUACGAGGAAGUGUGUGACAGAGCUGGUGGACGGGUGAGGCUCUGCAACUGGGUUCGCUUCAUCAGUUACUCACUUCACUUCACUCCUCGUGUCAACAUGGUUGCUUCCAGGGUCAGGGGUUCCGUGGUGUUCGAGGUGGUGCGUGAGGUGUGGCCAGGGGAGCGGCUGGUGGCCUUCCUCCUGCCGGAGGUAGGUGGGGAGGAUGUCCUCCUCCUGCCUGCCCUCACCCUCCUCCGCUCCUCCCUCUACCGUCGCACUAUUGACUCCAUCAUGGCGGAGGCGCCGCUGGACCUCUCCCGCUCCUUGCUAACCUCUCCGGCGUCUAAAACCCCGACGCCAGGAACCCCUUCCGGCGGAGACGACACGGGGAAGAGGAAACUGGAGGCGGAGUCACCGCUUCGAUCCCCCUCCCCACGAUCACCCGCUACCAGCUCCCCGAUCUCGCCUUUUCCUUCGGCUUCUUCGUCGUUCUUCCCGCUCAGGCAGUCCGGAUUCGGGAUUAAUCUGGCAGAUUCAGAGUCAUCGGGGAGACCGUUUACGUUGAAGUUGAGGACGACAAAGCCAGCGUCAGUGCCGUCUAGCAGUGGUAUCUGUGUGUACCGCACCUCUGCCAUCACCAGCACCGCCUCUGGCAGCAGCAGCAGUAGCAGCAGCAGCAGCGAGGUGGCACUGCCGCUGGCCCCCGUCAAGCGUCGGGAACGGACUAUGCUGCCGUGCUCAGAGUGCGGUAAGGCCUUUGAUCGUCCGUCAUUGUUGAAGCGGCACAUGAGGACCCACACUGGGGAGAAGCCUCACGCCUGUGAUGUCUGCGGUAAAGGCUUCUCGACCAGCUCCUCGCUCAACACUCACCGACGCAUCCACAGCGGUGAGAAGCCACACCAGUGUGGCGUGUGUGGCAAGAGGUUCACCGCCUCCUCCAACCUCUACUACCACAAGAUGACGCACGUCAAGGAGAAACCUCACAAGUGUUCGCUGUGCACUCGCUCUUUCCCGACGCCUGGAGACCUGCGAUCACACAUGUUCGUGCACAACGGCCAGUGGCCGCACAAGUGCACAGUGUGUGGCAAGGGCUUCAGCAAGCUCACCAACCUGCGCAACCACGCACUCCUUCAUGCAGAGUUGAAGAAGACUGAACGACAGUUGACGCUCUUGCCACCAAGUCUGGCCUCCAGCAGCGCCUCCGAUACUCCAGCGGCCUCCAGCAGUGUCUCUGACACUCCAGUGGCCUCCAUCAGUGCCUGCGACACUCCAGCGGCCUCCACCAGCGCCUCUGACACUCCAGCGGCUUCCAGCAGAGCCUCCGACACUCCAGAAGCCAAUUCCUGCCCUCUCACAUACUCCAUCAAUCCCCCCUUCACCUCAUACCCACUGCGUCCCUCACCUCCUUCACAUCUCCCUUCAUUCACUCAACUCAAGCCCCCUUCCUCAUCCUUCUCAUAUCCCUCCUUCCUCCUCGUCGCCGUUCCCUCCAAUCAACAACACCUCACUUGGCAGGCUCGACCCUCCAGUGUCUCCCAGAGAAAGAUCAGAUUCUCCAUCGCCGCCAGAUACGCGAAUACUCCGGAUGCAGCGACUCUCAUAAAGGAAGGUUCACACAUGGACGAAUUUCCAAGCAGUAUUAAGUUUCCUUCUUGCACUCCUGCAACUACCUCUUAUACUACUGCAGGUACCUCUGAUACUCCUGCACGUAUAUCUCACACUCCUGCAAGUAUUGCAGGCAUUUCUCAUACUCCUGCAGGUACCUCUCAUUCGCCAGAAGUUACCUCACAUACUCCUGCAGGUAGCUCUCAUACUCCUGAAGGUUCCUUUCAUUCGCCAGAAGUUACCUCUCAUACUCCUACAGAUACUUCUCAUACUACAGCAGGUACCUCUCAUCCCCCUGCAGUUACCUGUCAUACACAUAUAAUUACCUCUCUAAUUCCUGCAGGUACCUCUCCUACUCCUGCAGGUACCUCUCCUACUCCUGCAGGUACCUCGUCCUCCCCGACACCUUCGUCAGAUUCAUCGUCUUAUUUCUCUCUUAUCCACCACAAGCGUUCUUACCAAAAAUUUUCUUUAGAUAACAUACUAAUGUUACCUUCGUCUUCUUCGAUGCCGAGAACGAACGUCGGAAGCUGUCAAAAGACGCAAGAAAGAACGAUAAAGGAAGAGGAGGAGGAGGAGGUACAAAUUAUUCAUAAUAAGAGUGAAGUAGAGAUAAUAAGCGAUAAUCAAAGAAGUGGAGAGAGAAAAGAGAACGUGGUUCAACGGUAGCCUCGUGUCACUGGUUCUUGGACAUCGAGGUCGAAGAACUAGAGAAGAACUACUGAACAAAGACUCACCUCCUUUAUAUUCAGCUUUACCUUUUUUCACUAUUGAGCUUUAAAUUAUAAAAAUUAAAACAUAUAUCUAUGUGAUUAUAUUCCUUUAAAA